AUUUUAUAGUUAAAAGAUAAAGAUUUGUAUCACUUCGGUAUUUUGCCGCAGUUAUAUUUUGCCUAUUCUGCUUAUUUUGCGGGCUGAAGAGGCUUUUCUAAUUUGAUCUUGAACCGACGGAAAGAGUAUACUGAACUACUCAAUUUAUGGAUUAUUGUUUAACUUCUCUGGAGUUAUCGCUAUACUGAUAAGCGGAGAAGGAUAAUGAAUGAAUGAAUGAAUGAAUGAAUUUAUUUAUUUUAUCGUCUUUAUCGCAGUGUAGAGGAGGAGAGGAAGCCGCUGGUGCCCGGAGUAUUAUUGUUCUCAAUGUUUGGAGAGAUUUUGGACACCUGUGCACAAACCACACCUGUGCGAUAUGUCCAUCCUCCUAUCAGAAGACUUGUACCUGGGAUUGAUACCAAGCGCACCAAUGGGCAUUCUUCCAGUUGAUGUUCAACCUCCGAUACUCUUCUUCUGACGCUUACAUAAUGGAGUAGAUUUCCUCUCUGAUCAGUGAACAUUCUCAUCCCUGGCAUAAAAACUCCACCUUCCAGUUUGAUGGAAAUGAUUAUCACUUAUCAACCAGCCAAGAUGAAUACAAAAGUCAAGAUGAAUACAAAAGUCAAGAUGCUCAUUCUCCUGCUGUGUAUGACUGGGAUCGGUCUGUUUUGGAGAGGAUAUAUGUCGCCUUAUACGUCACCUCAAGUGUUGGGAGGGCCCUGUGCUUGUCGGCGAUGUUUAUCUGAAGCUAAUCCGUGGUUUGUGCAGCAUUUCAACCAGUCUGUCGAACCAUUUUUAUCAGCAAAAUACCUACUGACGGAGGACUCUUUCAACUGGUGGAGGCGUUUACAGUUGGAAAAACGCAGCUUCUCUUUCUACAAAGAAACAGUAGACCAGCUGUUUCAGAUGUUCCCAUCCAGCCCACGUGUUGAAGGACCCCGCCCUGACCACUGCAGGACUUGUGCUGUGGUGGGGAAUUCUGGGAAUUUGAUCGGAACACCAUAUGGACCUAUGAUAGAUUACCAUGACAUUGUCAUUAGAAUGAACGGUGGUCCUACUCAAGGCUAUGAAGCACAUGUGGGGACCAAGACAACUCAUCGGAUCGUCUAUCCAGAGAGCGCUGUGGAUUUAGACGACAAAACUCAUCUUGUGGUGGUUCCAUUUAAAAUCAUGGAUAUCGAGUGGGUCAUGAAGGCCCUCAGCACAGGAUUUCAUGGACGAUCAUAUAUGCCAGUAAGACCAUUUAUCAAAGCUAACAAAGAUUUGGUGAUGGUGGUCAAUCCAGCUUUCCUGAGGUAUGUUCAUGACAACUGGCUGAGAAAGAGGGGCUCGUAUCCCUCCACUGGCUUCAUUGCUGUGGUUCUUGCCCUGCAUAUUUGUGAUGAGGUCGAAGUGUUCGGUUAUGGAGCAGACGCUGAUGGAAACUGGAAUCAUUACUGGGAAACACUCAAAAACAAAAGGUUAAAGACUGGAUUACAUCCUGGAAAUCACGAGUAUGACAUGAUCCAGGAGCUAGCCAAGCAACAAUCACUCAAGUUUUAUAAACCUACGUGAUCUUUCUCUUACCUGACAGACAAUUAUUUACACAAAACAGGCUGAUAAGCCGAGGUUUUACAACUCAAGAGAAUUCUCAUUUCUACUGUGACUCUGUUGCUGCAUACAUUAUCCCAUCGUAGAAGUGAUGACUCAUCCAAGGUCUAAGCAUGGACGGAUAAUGAAUCAGCAUGCCCUGGUUCAUGUUUAAAAUGUAAAUAUAAAGACAAUGCAUCAAAUGCAGAAUCCAGUGUGUAUAUAUACAAAAAUAUAAGUGUAUCAGUUUCAACAUAACAUACAAAUGUCUUUAAUGUCCCAAUUUCUGUGGACUCAGGUUGUUAAAGGCCUCACCGCCUGUUACUGCAUAGGAGUAAGACACAGAAUUUAUAGUUAUUAAGCCUGUUUUUGUUGUUGUUUUUUGCUUCUUUGUAGGCGUUACACAUCUUGCUGUGGUUUUAUGUCUGUUAGUAGUUGUUUUUGUCUCUAUUUUGGAGUUUUUUUUUGUCACUUUGUUGUUGUAAUGUAAUUGACAGUUGUAUUGUUUCUCUAUGUAGUUUCAUGUU